AUGUCCCGGCUCAGGACAUAUAGUGGGCAGCGCGGUCACAAUGCGAUGGUUGCCGGAGCUGGAUUUGUAAAGGCCAACGAGGAAUUUCAGAUUUUUGAGAAGUCCGAAACCCCAACAUCUCUUUUGUUAACAUCUCCACAAUCAGGACAACAUCAUCUCUAUGAGAAUCUCAACAGCAACUUCUACAGUGUUAUGUUUCUAAACAAAAUAAAGCAUGCCAUAUCUAUGAAUAUCCUCAACUUCCAGCAAGGCAAAAGCACCUCUGUAAUGGCAAGAUUUGACGAAGACUUUAUUUAUAAAAUGACACUUGCAAAAACAAUUUGGGAAACAGAAAUGCAGCUCCAAGAACAACCAUCCUAG